AUGGAACGAGAAAAUCAAACCGUGGUGACAGAAUUCAUCCUCAUUGGAUUUUCCAGUUUCCCAGACUUGCGGAUCCCACUGUUUGUGGUGUUCACCAUGAUGUACUUUACGAUUUUGACUGGAAAUAUCAUCAUCAUCACAACAAUAAGGCGUGAAUCGAGCCUUCACAUCCCCAUGUACUUCUUCCUCGCCGUUCUCUCCAGCUCGGAAAUCUGCUAUACACUAAUCAUUAUCCCCAACAUGCUUGCCAAUCUUCUAAGAGAAAAGCCAACUAUUUCAUUUGUUGGCUGUGCUACUCAGAUGUGUUUGUUCCUGGGCUUUGGGUGUACAAACUGCAUGCUCCUCACAGUGAUGGGGUAUGACCGCUACGUGUCCAUAUACGGGAAGCGGAAAGCCUUUUCAACUUGUGCCUCCCAUCUCAUUGUGGUGGUCGUGCAUUUUGGAUGCGCUUCCAUUAUUUACCUGAGGCCCCAAUCCAGGUACACUUUGAAUGAGGACACGUUGAUCUCCGUCACCUACACACUGGUGACUCCACUACUGAAUCCUGUCGUUUACAGCCUGAGGAACAAGGAUGUCCAAAUAGCUCUUAGGAAAUCCCUGGGCAGAAGCACAUGCAGCCAGAAGAUGUGA